CGGGGACAGAAAUACACACCAGCUAAGCAAAGUCCUCAAACACCGCCAUCAUGUCCAGCAAAAGAGCAAAGGGGAAGACCACCAAGAAAAGGCCUCAGAGAGCCACGUCAAAUGUGUUCGCCAUGUUUGACCAGUCGCAGAUCCAGGAGUUUAAAGAGGCGUUCAACAUGAUCGACCAGAACCGAGACGGCUUCAUCGAUAAAGAGGAUCUGCACGAUAUGCUAGCAUCUUUGGGUAAGAACCCGUCUGAUGAUUAUCUGGAGGGAAUGAUGAGUGAAGCUCCGGGGCCCAUCAACUUCACCAUGUUUCUCACCAUGUUUGGAGAGCGGCUGAACGGGACCGACCCGGAGGACGUCAUCAGAAAUGCCUUCGCCUGCUUCGAUGAGGAGGGAUCUGGUUUCAUCCAUGAAGACCACCUGCGGGAGCUGCUGACCACCAUGGGAGACCGUUUCACAGAUGAAGAUGUGGACGAGCUCUUCAGAGAGGCUCCCAUUGACAAGAAGGGCAACUUUAACUAUGGAGAGUUCACUCGAAUCCUCAAACACGGAGCCAAAGACAAAGACGACAUGUAGACCAGGAGAAAGAGAGUCAGCCGCAGCUCCACAGCACAUUAGAAACACACACACAAACAUAUGAACAUACCCACUACACAAUUUUGCGUUUAAUAGACGUCUAAUAGAAGACUAAACAUAUUCAAGGCUACAACCAGGCUCAUUUUGGGCUCACAGUGAAAAUCUAUUAGAUUUAGAUGUCUAUUAGACGUCUAUUAGACUUAUUAUAAACAAAAAAAUUGCUUGCUUGGCCCUCCAAAUAGUUUUGCAUUUAAUAAACGUCUAAUAGGUGACUAAAUAUAGACAGCUUGGCUAAAUCCAGGCUAAAUUUGUUCUGUCAGAAUAAUAAUGUCUAAUAUACGUCUAAGAAUUGCCCUGAAUUAGACUAUAGUUAUCAAAUAAAAAGAUCAGACAGACUUUACAUGCAUUGAUGAGCUAUUCUUAGACGUCUAUUAGAAUUUCUCUGCGAACCCAAAAUUAGCCUUGUUUUAGCCAAGCUGUCAGUGUUUAGAUGUCUGUUAGACGUCUAUUAGACUUAUUUUAAACACAUAAAAUGCUUGCUAGGCCCUCCAAGCAAUAUUGCGUUUAAUAGACGUCUAAUAGUUAACUAAACAGAGACAGUUUGUCUAAAUCCAGGCUAAAUUUGGUCUGUCUGAAAAAUAAUGUCUAAUAGACGUCUAAGAAUUACCCCAAACUAGACUAUAGUCAUCAAAUAAACAGAUCAGACAGACUUUACAUGUGUUGAUUUGCUAUUCCUAGAUGUCAAUUAGAUUUUUACUGCGAGCCUAAAAUUAGCCUUGUUUUAGCCAAGCUGUCAGUGUUUAGAUGUCUGUUAGACGUCUAUUAGACUAAUUUUAAACACAUAAAAUGCUUGCUAGGCCCUCCAAGCAAUAUUGCGUUUAAUAGACGUCUAAUAAUUAACUAAACAUAGACAUCUAAUAGACAGCUAAUAGACAGCAACAACAAGGCUAAGUUUGAACUCGCAGUGAAAAUCUAUUAUAUUUUAAAUGGUAGAUGUCUAUUAGAUGUCUAUUAGACUUAUUAUAAACAAAAAAAUGCUUGCUUGGCCCUCCCAGUAGUUUUGCGUUUAUUAGACGUCUAAUAGAUGACUAAACAUAGACGGUUUGUCUAAAUCAAGGCUAUAUUUGGUCUGUCUGAAAAAUAUCGUGUAAUAGACGUCUAAGAAUCGCCCUAAACUAGACUAUAGUAAUCAAGUAACCUGAUCGGACAGACUUUACAUGUGUUGAUGAGCUAUUCCUAGAUGUCUAUUAGAUUUUCAGUGCAAGCUCAAAAUUAGCCUUGUUUUAGCCAAGCUGUCAGUGUUUAGAUGUCUUUUAGAUGUCUAUUAGACUUAUUUUAAAAAAUAAAAUGCUUGCUAGGCCCUCCAAGCAAUAUUGCGUUUAAUAGACGUCUAAUAGAUGACUAAACAGAGACGGUUUGUCUAAAUCCAGGCUAAAUUUGGUCUGUCUGAAAAAUCUUGUCUAGUAGACGUCAAAGAAUUACCCCAAACUAGACUAUAGUAAUCAAAUAAACAGAUCACACAGACUUUACAUGUGUUGAUUUGCUAUUCCUAGAUGUCAAUUAGAUUUUUACUGAGAGCCUAAAAUUAGCCUUGUUUUAGCCACGCCGUCAGUGUUUAGAUGUCUGUUAGACGUCUAUUAGGCUUAUUUAAAACACAUAAAAUGCUUGCUAGGCCCUCCAAGCAAUAUUGCGUUUAAUAGACGUCUAAUAGAUGACUAAACAGAGACAUUAUGUCUAAAUCAAGGCUAAAUUUGGUCUGUCAGAAUAUUCUGGUUAUAUUAAACUGUUGUAACAUCUAAUGGAAGUAAAAUGACUAAAUAUAAAUGUAUACUUACUGCAGUUUCCUUUAUAUAAUUUUUGCCUCAGAUUUGGGAUGUAAGUUUUGAGCUGCACUACAACUUAUGAUUCCAGUGAUACUCUGAAGAUCUGGUUCAGAAAAUGUGCGAUCACAUGCGGCAGCUCUUAGACAUGAAGUUAUCCAUCAUAUGAACCUGAUGCAUUUUAUACACAAAGAAAUAAAUGUUCUCAAACCCA